UAAAAGCACAAGACAUUCGCAGGAGGCAGAUGCAACUCCGUGACCUUGGGAGCUGCGUGUCUGGGUGGAGAGGACCGAAGGGCGUUCGCAAGCCCCAGCUCCCCUCCCCGCGGGCGCUCCGGGCCUCCCUCCCCGGCAGGCGUGGCCGGCGGCGAGCUGCAGCCUCGGGCACCGGGAGGAGCGCGGCCGCGUUCUCCUGCGCGGGCUGCCUGCGGCCCGGCCGGGAGCUCGGAGCCCGCAUCCCGGGACCGUUAUGCCAAGGCCCGGCGCCCCAGGGCACAAGAGCCGUCUCCGCCGGGGUCAGGCGGGGCGCCUGCCCUCCAGCCCCCGCGCCCGAGCGCAGCCGCAGCUCACCCAGCCCCGCGCCCUUACCUGGGAGGCGCCCCGGGAAGCGUCGGGCGCCUCGGCGCCCACAGCCAGGGCCCGGAUCACCGCCACAGGAAGGAGGGGGAGAGGACGGGGCUGUGACGGCACAGGAGGAGGAGCCGGGGGUCUGGGGGCAUCUGCCGGCUGGGAGGACAGAGCGUAGAGCGCCGCUGGAAGCACCCGGGUCCUGCAGAAAGCAGCUGGGGGGAGGCUGCUCCUGCUUUGGACGGGAGAGGGGCGAUCUGAGACCCACGUGCCUGAAUCUGAGACCUUCUUAUUGCCAUCAUUUGCCAGUAAAGAACAGAAUAUUAAAGGAUUCAAGAGUCUAAGCCAGGAGAAACAGAGGAUGGAAGAAGGAAAAACAGAGGGAGAGACAGAAAGGACAAGUGCUCUUCAACUCUGGAAUGGACAUGAGCUAACAGAAAAGCACGGAAAAGGGCCGACCAAAGUGCCCCGAGUACAGAGCUGACUCGGCCACCUGUAAAGAUGAGAACCUUGCAGGGGGUCAGCCACUCCUGAAGCCCAUGAGUGUCUUCGUGCCUAAGCUCUAGACUCACAUCAGAACAUUCUGAAAAUCAGAUUCCUGGCAUGGAGUUGAACAUGCCUUAGUCCAGCAAAGGAUCUGGCUUUUUCUGACAAUAGUAUUUGGAAAUUUCCACCAUCAAAGUGAGAAUGGAAAUUUUGGCUUUGUUGACAUCAGCCUCUUGCCAGGCUUCUGGUUUACUGGCUGUAGCUUCUGCCUCCCAGGGAUACAGUCCAGGCUGGCUCUGCACUCUGUCCUCUCCCUGCCCUCCUCUUCCCCUUUUCCAGCCCCAAACAAGGUCUCUGUCCCAAGUCACUGGCCCAACUCUUCACAUGUCCCUGGGUCCUACCGGCUGCGUCUACCCUCUCCCUCUCCAUCUUACCCUGAGGAGUUAAAACUGGAGGAGGAGUUCAUUGCUGCUUUGGAGUUAUUUUGAGAUGCAGUGGGGCUGCUGGUGUGGAGUCCUGAGCCAGGAGACGAAGGCCUGCUGUUGUUCCCAGGGGAACAGGAUGACGUUACUAAGGACAAGGAGAGGCAAAAACAAAAAGAAAAUAAUGCUGCUGGGUCCUGGGACCUUGUGACAUGGUCUUUGCAACACUUGACUUCCUGUAUAUCCCCAAAGGGACCUCACCUUCUCCCCACCCAUCUGCCCAUCAUAUACCACAUUAAGGUCUACACUCCAGUCUGUCCCUAGAGGGGCUGUUAUCGUAAAUGUGCUCUGCAGCCCAGGCCCUUGAGAGCAGUGUGGCUGGUUCUGCAAGUUCAAGACUUGCCAAAUGCAAGAACAGAUGCCAAAACCAUGCUACUCCAGGACACACCCUGGGCUGGGCAUAUGCAGCUCUAGACCAGCAGGCAGGAAAGGCAAAAGAAUAAGAAGCUUAGGAGGAGAGAAUAGGAAAGAGAAAUGCGCGCAGCAGAGGAGGAGAAUCUAGAAGUUUAAGAUUGCUGUUGUCUUCCAUCUCCACAGAGGAAAUCGACUACACACAAUCUUGAAAAAGCAUACAACAGGUGUAAGGAGACCCGAGUCUCAUCUUGGUCACGCACCUCUCGCUAAGCAGCGGUGUGGCUUGUGUUCAUUGCUGCGCCUUCCUGAAACUCACUCCGUCCUUUAUAAAAUGACAUAUUCGGGCUAACUGGAAUUCUCAUGUUUGUAUUUCCCAAACUCUGCCUCAUGGUUAGACUGGCAUAUAUUUUACCAUCCAAACUAAGACACUUUCAACAAUGCAUAUGGGUAACUAUGUCAGGACAUGAGGCACACCUGGACAUAAUGGGCACCCUGUCUCAUUCUCUGAAAUGCUAUCAGUACUUUUGGAAAAAGAGGGUACUCUAGAAAGUUAGUUGGACAAACUAUGGUUUCCCUCCACCUUCUGUGCAGCUCAUUUGAGGAUGUGUUAUCCAUGUGAAUGCUGAGAAGUGCUGCAAUUAAAACAAACAACAAGCAAACACACAUUUAUUUAAAUUUUGCUUGCCGGCAUUUCCCAGCUUAUUUGAACAUAGGAGCCUGUUUUAAUGUCCUUUGCAAUACACUGAGGGAAUGCUGAUUUAAGUAGGUCCCCUUCAGUGCUAAUACUCUGCUAUUUAAAGGACUUCAAGAGACCUUGUUUAAAAACUCACCUGUUCCGGGCAUGGUGCUAUGGAUGGGAGGGAUGGAGAGGGGGCCCAGAGAUCCUGGGGGAGAGACCUGAAAGGCAAGAGACCUUGUGAAUUUCCACUCCCACUGCCUCCUCCGAAUGUGGAUGCUGGACCCCAAACAAUAGAGAACAGGCUUUCCUGGAUGAUUUCCUGCUUCUAAAACCUGUACAGCCCUCCAUCAUCCUUUUCAUGGAGAGGCCCUGGACUACAUAUGGCCAUCUACCUCCAGUUCUGGUCUGCUCUAGAUUUGUGGUGAUGACACCACACCCUCCUUCCCUGUUGUGCACCCUGCAAGAUUUCUUUGGCACGGUCAGGCCACAGACUGCCUUACCCAGUGUCCUGGUCAUGAGAGAAGCUGGCCUCUGGGGCCCUACUGUGAUGGGUGUUGCCAGUUGUCCCCCUCAUUUCCAUUUCCCACUUCUCCUUUGUGAAAGAGCUCUGCUGGUGCUCAGGGCAGUGCAGUGCCAACCCUAGCAACGGGGCUCCAGACCUGCCCAUGCUGCUGGAUGAAUUGGAUCGCAGAUCUCCAGAGACAGCUGAGAGGUCUGAAUGUUGUCUCUGGAGCUUUUCUUUUUGUCCUGGAAACUUCACAACAUCAACUCUGAGAUUAGAAAGUGACUUAAUACCAACUCCACACGAUGAGUGUAUUCAUUACGCAUCACUAACAUGUACUAAUAAAAGAAAAACUAAAAAUAAUUAUUUCAAAAAAUUGAGUUUAACCUCCCAUGGAACUCAGGCAACUCCUCCUCACUGUUGCUAUCCUAGAAUAACAUCCCAGAACAAGAUGUCGUAAAAUAAAAGGACAGGCUGGGCAUGGUGGCAACACCCCUGUAAUCACAGCACUCUGGGAAAAUGAGGGGGCAGGAUCCCUAAUUGGAGCCCAACCUGGGUAACACAGUGAAUUAGUGAAACCCACUCUCAAAAUAAAAAGGAAAAAGUGCCAGGAAUGUAGCACAGUGCAAAGACCCUGGUUCAAUCCCCAGUAGCACAAGAUAAAAAUAAAUUUAAAAAGACAGACAGGUUGGAGAGCUGGCCCCAUCAAUCACCAUCUGCAUAACUUCAGGCAAGUUACCCAACCCCAGUGAAAUGUCAUUGUCUCAUCUAUGAAACAGCAGCAACACCUCCUUGAUAUUUUCUUUUCAUUAAGAUUUAAUGAGCUAAUGUCCAUAAAGCUUCCAAGCCAAUGACGGGCGAAGAACAUCAGUCUAUUAAGUGUUAAAGCUCUUCUUUCCUGAAGGAAAAAGCCAGCACAGCUACACCUCUCAGACGCUUUUCAACCCUGCUCUGGAGCUGGAACCUGCAUGCUUCACGCCCCUCCCCUCUCCUGCUGUGCUGACAGGGAAGCCCUGAGCAGUGUUUUCAAAGGAUGUUGACAGGCUCCUAUAACCUGAUGAUUCCUCCCCUCCCGAUCAGGACCUUCCCAUCCUAACAGGAUACAGCAUGUUCUCGUUUCCUAGUUAAUCAGCAAAUGUUCUCAAAUGCUUUCAUUUACCUUUCCUUCUACAAUGAAUCUCCUCAGUAGGCUGGGGCCCCAUGAGGGUGGAGACCAGUGUGGGGCAGUUUGGGAGGGGUGGCAGAGUGGUUAGAGAUGUUAUCGACUUUUUCCUGCCCUUAUUCCUCCCCUCCCUGGUGCCACACCCAAGAAAUUUGUUGUUUUCAAAUAAAUAAAAAAUAUGUGUAGGCACUGUGA